GUAAGAGCGCGCGCGCCGUCCACAGCGCAUUGUGUCGCACACAAUCGCACACAAAAUGAGAAAUCAAAUUUAUGUUAAAUUAUUUUUCAGUUGCACAGUUCUUUCUGUACUAGUGUUUUUAUAUUUGUCACUAAAAGAUUUAACUCGUCCACGUGAAAGUGUUUUAAUGAAUACAAAAAUUUACGAAUUAGAACAAAAUAUAGAUAAAAUAAUUGAAAAAGUGUCAAAUAGAGAAAAAAUUGACAAUAGUAUAACAAAUUUGGUCGCCAAUGAAUCUGAUUUGAAAUACAUAUUACGAUGGACAUCUUCGAAGAAUGUGCCUUUUGUGUACAUGGGUGAAGGAAGAAAAGGUUUUAUAGAUAGAAAGUGUCCAUACACGAACUGUUUUGUUACUGGCGAUAAGAAUUAUUUAGGUGAUUAUACAAAAUUCGACUUAAUAGCAUUCGCUGGUCCAGAAGUUGUGCGUAUGAAUAAUAUUUUACUGCCUAUUAAACGAUCUACUCAUCAGAAGUAUGUAUUCGCGACAAUCGAAUCCGCAGACAACUAUCCGAUAUGUUCGAAUAGAUUUGAUAAUUUUUUUAAUUGGACAUGGACGUAUAGGUUGGAUUCUGAAGCGAAAUGGGGUUAUAUCGUGAUUCGAGAUUCAAAUAAGAAAAUAAUAGGGCCUAAGACGGUUAUGCAUUGGAUGAAAUUAGAGGAAAUGAAUCCGGUUAGUGAGGAAUUUAAAACGAAAUUAAAAAGUAAAACAAAAGCUGCAGCUUGGUUUGUAUCAAAUUGUUAUUCAAGGAGUGGUCGUGAAAGAUUUGUCAAAGAGUUGCAAGCUUAUUUAGAGCAAUAUAAACUAGACGUUGACAUAUAUGGAGCUUGUGGACCGUUGAAGUGUGGACGAGACCAUGAAGAUGAGUGUUUUAAUAUGAUUGAAAAGGAUUAUUAUUUUUAUUUAGCAUUUGAAAAUUCAUUUAGUGAAGAUUACGUGACAGAGAAGAUAUUGCAUGGAUUGAAACAUAAUGCUGUACCGAUUGUUUACGGCGGAGCGAACUACACCAGAUUUAUGCCCGAUGGGAUUUAUUUGAACGCACGUGAUCUUGGUUAUGAAAAAUUGGCAGCGAAAAUGAACGAACUAAUAAAAUCACCGGAGAAAUACGCUGAAUAUUUCAGAUGGAAAGAUCAUUAUUCAUAUCACAGAAGACAUGAAAGUUUGGAAACUGAUGACUAUUGUAGAUUUUGUUCUAUUCUUAAUGAAGAUGAGUUAGUUAAGAAAACAACGAUAUACGAACAUUUUAGACGUUGGUGGGACCCACCAAAUAGAUGUAUAUAUUCUAAUCCUGACUCUAUAGCAGAAUAUCGAGAAAUUAUAAAAGAAAUAUUCAAGAAAUGGAUUAUUGUAAUUUGCUGUGAAGAUAAUAAUUCUGAAGAUGUGGGUGAUAUUCUCGGGGUUUCUGCUGUAGAAUUGGUUGAAGAUAAAUCAUUUGAUGGACUAGAGUUACAGACUAAAGAAAUUCAAAAUUUAAUAACAACAAUGCUGGAGUGCGAGAAAUUAGUGAAGCCACUAAUGAAAGAAUUUACUAAACAUCAUGAUGGAAGAGGAAUAACCGUUCAUCCUGACUAUAGAGUUCUUGGUAUCUCAAGUGAAUUUGUAAAGAUAAGAAGACAAAUGAUAAAUGAACAAAAUAUACCAAUGUCGUGUGCGUGGAUGACGUCGUAUGGUUCUCAAAAAGCGGCUGAGAAAGACAACUGGGAGACGAUGUUUGAGAUAGCGCCUGAUGAAUUAGGAGAAAAGUGUGGAUUAGUCUUCAAAGAUUCACCAAAGUCGUUUAAAUUAAUGCUUGUAAGAAAGAGUUCUGUGCGGUCAUAAAUAUUCCA